AACAGAUAACAGGAAAUGACCUCCAGUAACCAACCAGAAGCUCCAUCUCUCCUUUAUUACCAACAGAUGGACGGAGCGACGCUCCGCUGCAGACGGUGUCGCCGGGCGCUCCUAGACUUUACAUGUUUGCUGACGGCUGCUGAUGAAAGCCCAGCUGCUGGCUGUAGCAUUUGGCACAUAGAUGCUGACAACCUCCCAGACUGGAUCCUGGCUUUGGUUCAGCAGGCUCUGUGGACUGCGGGGAAGCUGAGCUGCCGCCACUGCGGGGCUCGUUUGGGCGGCUUCAGCUUCCUCAGUCGCUUCGACUGUCCGUGCGGCCGUGAUGCCAGCGUCCAUCUCAGCAGGAGUCGGGUAGAUCUGGACGAAAAGAACCACCUCUUCAUCGUCCAGCCUAGGGGGGCGGGACGCGCGGGUCGGCCCGUGGACCUGAAAGAGAACCCUGCUCCGGAAAAAGCCCUGGUCACCCGCCUGCCAUGUCUGCCGCCCGUCGCUCCUGCAGAGGCUUUGGAUCCUGUCCCUGCAGCUAAGAACCUGCAGCACUGUGCUGCAGCUCACACACAUACAUCACAGACUGAUCUUUCUGUUAGAGGUCCAACAGAACCUGAGUCGGACUCAGAUCACGAAGCCUGCAGAGAUGCUUCCCCCUCGGUUUCUGUAAUCCCUGGAGGAUCUCGGUCUGAGGAGCUUCAGCCAGCAGAGGAAGUUUUCCUCAGGAGGAGAUCCACCGCUGAAGGAGAACCUGAGCGGGCAGAGGAAGAUGAUCGGGUCCUGUCCAGCUUCUCGGCCUGGAUCAGACGCAGCAAACGAGAUAAGAACCGUCUGAAGAGUCAGAGGAGGAAGGAGAGGAGGAGAGAGAGAUGGCUGCAGAGUCAGAGGCAGGAGGAGGCGGCUGAAAGCAGCAGCGACUGUCCUUCAGACUCUGGGGACGUGGACAGAGACAGCCUGACCUGCCCCGUCUGUCUGGACGUCUUCUUCAGCCCCCACAGCUGUCUGCCCUGCGCUCACGUCUUCUGCGAGCCGUGUCUCCGCAGGCUGGCCAAGAACCGGGCCGCCGACACGCCGUGCCCGCUGUGCCGCCGCCUCAUCACCCACACCAGCUUCCACAGAGAACUCGACCAAACGGCAAAGACUCUGUUCCCGAAGGUCUGGACCCACCGCAGGCAGAACUUCCACAACGCCCCCUGUGUGCGUUGGCCUCUUCCCAGAGCAAAAGAAAACCCGCUCUUCUUAUGGGCUGGUCGCCGAAGCGUCUCGGCCGCCUGGAGACGCUGGCGCUUCACGGCAGGAGCCUUCAACAUCCUGGGUCUGCCCCGACACACCUUCUCCCACAUUGACAUGAUUUUGUUCAUCUUUGCUGUAAAGUUACUCUUUUGUCUCGCUGUAUUUUUAAGCAAAUUCAUCUUUUGAGUUUUGGUUUUCGGCAGACGAGCUCUUUGCUGUAGCACUGCUGCCUUGCAGCAAGAAGGUUCUGGGUUUGAUUCCCGGCCCAGGGUCUUUC